CUACAGUAUAGCGGCCGAUGGAGCGAUGCAGCAUUGAAAGAUGGAAGGAGGACUUUGCUAUUUCAAAUUGUCGUCGCUAGCACGUCAUUCCUAAUUGUAUGAUGUAAUGAAGCUCUUUUACGAUGAAUAGAACCUUAAGAGUUUCUCUAAGGAGCCAGAUCAUCCACUGUAUUUGUGGCAAGUACUCUUUUCAGUAUACAAGGCCCGUUACUGGUGUAUGGAGGCUUAUUGCAAAAAGAUGUAAACAUCAAGAUUCAUCAAAUACCUUUAAGUUUCUGGGCCACACAAGAGCAGCAGUACAGCUAAGAUGGCAGCAUCCCUUACUGCAGAAACCUGAUUCACAGUUAUUUUAGCUGACAUAUUGGUUGAACUUGGGGAGGAAGUGCCCAAUGGUCUAGUCACAGUACUUUCACCAGACCAAGCUGAGCUGUUGGUCAUGGAACACAACAUGACUCCUGUUCACUCAGAUCUUGAAACAGAAACAAGCUAUUCUCUUGAACCAAGGCCACCAGUAGUGACAAUUAUGGGUCAUGUUGACCACGGCAAAACCACUCUACUUGACACGUUAAGAAAAACAUCAUUAGUGGCUGGAGAAGCUGGGGGAAUCACGCAACAUAUUGGUGCUUUCUCAGUUAGCGUUAAAGGAACAGACAAAACAAUAACAUUCAUUGAUACACCUGGUCAUGCCGCAUUUGAAACAAUGCGAGCUAGAGGGGCUAAUGUGACGGACAUUGUUGUACUUGUUGUGGCAGCAGAUGAAGGUGUGAAGCAGCAAACAGUUGAAUCCAUUAGACAUGCCACCAGAGCAAACGUACCAAUAAUUGUGGCACUUAACAAAAUAGACAAGCCCAGAGUGAAUGUGGAGCGAGUCAAGGAAGAGCUUCUUCAAUAUGGAAUUCAACUGGAGGAGUUUGGAGGGGACAUCCAGGCUGUAGCAGUGUCUGCCUUAACAGGAACCAAUUUUGAUGAGCUUUUGGAGGCAAUCCACACUCUUGCAGAGUUGCAAGAUCUAAAAGCCAAUAUAGACAGCCCUGUGGAAGCAAUUGUUCUAGAGUCGCGCAAAGACAACAGAAGAGGCUCCAGUGCAACCAUUCUUGUUAAUAGUGGAACAUUAAGGAUAGGUGACAUCCUGCUUUGUAAUCAGGCAUUUGCAAAGGUACGUCUCAUGCUCAGUGACCAUGGACAAGCUGUGACCGAGGCCACUCCCUCUACUCCAGUGGAGGUAGUAGGAUGGAGGGACACUCCUUCAGCGGGAGAUGAGGUCAUCCAAGUUGAAUCGGAGGAAGAAGCUAAGGAUGCUGUAGAGAAAAGAAAGGCAAUAUUGCGGCAAAGAAAACUUCUUUCAGAAGAUGUGCAUAAUACCCUACUGGAUGUGGAGCUGACGUAUGGAAGGGAUCCAGCUCCCAAGCAACCUAACAGUAAAUAUGUUAGUAAAGACAAGUUAAACAUCAUCAUUAAAGGUGAUGUUGAUGGUUCCUUAGAAGCCAUAAGUGAUGCACUAAAAACAUACAAAUCAAAGUUGGUGAAGUUGACAGUUCUGUCCAGCCAAGUGGGAAUUGUCACUGAAAGUGACAUCAAGCUUGCAGAGACUUUUGAUGGUAUAAUUUUGGGCUUCAAUGUGAAGAUUACAAAGCAGAUAUUGUCUUUAGCAAGACAGCGCGGUGUAGAUGUGAAACAGCACAGAAUAAUUUACAAGCUGCUGGAAGAUCUUAAGGCUGAACUAAAUAAGAGAGUCUCCCCUAUUCAAGAAGAAAGUGUUACUGGAGAGGCGGCAGUUCUUAAAGUGUUCAAACUAACUGGUCGACGGAAGGCUACAGUAGCUGGCUGUCAGGUCAAGACUGGGACGCUUGAUCGCAAAAGUUUAUACAGAAUAACAAGGAAUAACCAAGUUGUCUUUGAAGGACAACUGGCCACCAUGAAGCGUGGUGUUGACGAUAUAAGCCAAGCUAAAAGGGAAACAGAGUGUGGCUUGUCAUUCGAGAAGUUCACAGAAAUUCAGGAAGGAGAUGUAGUUCAAUGUUACACUGUGAAUGUCAUUAAGCCAGAAAUUGACUGGGAUUGGGGUUUCUGAAUACAACAAAAAAAAAAUCUCACCAUGUAAAAUACUUGUAUGUUCUUUUAGGCUUUUAAUUAUGGGUGGAUUUAACUUGUAAUAGGUGGCUACAUGUAGAUUCAAAUUUUACUGAAAAUGUGUUAAACAAAUCAUAAACAACCAUCGCGCUGGAUGAAUCUUGAUUUGUAAACAAAAUGGAAAAAAGUUCGGGAAACUGAAUCAAUCAAGAGAAAGAAAGCAUGGAAACUUUGUAUUUAUUAUGCAAGCAUAAAUUUGUCCUCUCCUAAACAAUUUUAAUAAAAAAAUUUUAUCAC